CCCUGCCGCCAGGCGGGGCCCGCCGUGGGUCCCAGGUGCCUCCGCGGGCGGUUUCCCUGGAAACGACCGGCGGCUGCCCAGAGAGGUGUUUCCCGGCCCUAGAGACUGCCUGGAGAUACCUUACAGCGCCUUGGGCUCGCCAGGAGUCGGAGGAGGCGCCUUCACUGUGAGUUGAGGACUGGUACAACCAACCUUAGGGUCGGCGCCCAUACUGUAUAUACCUUAUAACGUGUGUGUGGAGGCCGAUGUCAGGGAGAGCCUGAUAGAAUCCAGAUCCCGUCAUUCCAGCAACCGUGCCAGCAUUUGAGAACGUCCUUUCUGUGCCUGCCUUCACCCAUCUUUUGUAUCCACUUUCCAGCCUUCUCCACUCUGCACUGGAUCCCACCAACAUCAAAUAAAACAUCAAAUUUUCAUGGCUCCCCAUGUCACGAGUGCUGGCAAAUCUUGAUUGUAGACUUGACUGGAUUAAGACCCUUCUGGAGAAGGCUCCAUGCUGAAACUCUGUUAGAACACCUACAAAUCCAUCAUUGCUCUAACCUAUAACUGUCAUCAGUGGGCAAAUUGGCAUAAACAGGCCUCCACAAGUGGAAAAACAUUCAACCCCUGUGCUUCUUACACUCUGGGCACGCACAGUAGCCAGAGAGAACAGAAAGAAAAUCUGACUGUCCGUGAACGAAGGGUGAAACCAAGAGAACAACAGCGACCUGAAAGCACCUCUUCAAAAGGAGCCUGAAAUUUGAAGAUUUUCUUUCCUUUCGGAGACUCCAAGUAAAUAGAAAAAAACUAUCCAAGAUGACUGUCACUUACUCCAGUAAAGUAGCAAAUGCGACUUUUUUUGGAUUUCAUAGGUUACUCCUCAAGUGGAGAGGCAGCAUCUACAAGCUACUGUACAGGGAAUUUAUUGUUUUUGCUAUUCUUUACACAGCAAUAAGUUUGGUGUACAGGUACUUUGCUUUGCAUGUCUCUUUAAAUGGCCAUCAAAUAUUAUGUAAGAAUACAGUCUCAAAAAUCUGGAACCCUUUGGUUGCUGCUGACUUUUGCAUUAUGUUACCUCUUCCUUUGCAUGAACUCUCUGUUGUCUUCUCUGCAGGAUGGGGUGUUUUAAUCCACACCUAACCAUUCUAUAGGAUAUUAAAUAGUCUGUAACUCUCAGAUUCAAGAGGCUCUCAUUCCAACCCCACGUUAAUUAAUCAUAAAGAAGUAUUAGUCAUGCUUCAAGGCAUUGCUACAGACAUAAAUUGGACGGUUUUUAGAUCUUUAUUAUGUCAUGAUUAUGAACAGGAAAAGUCCACAAACAAGUAAUUAUUUGACUUCUCCCAACUGUCAUACAUGGUUUGAAUUUGUGAUUUGACUGCUGGUUGCAACUACAUAUGUAAUUAUAUUCAUGAGUGGUGUGUAUCAAACAACUUUCCUUCCUUUUGCCUGGAGAGAUGAGCUCUUAUCCAGGAUAGUGCCCUCCAACCUUACCAGAGCCUCAAGUAAGGAAUUAAGGCCUGAAGGCUAAUUUAUUUCUUUAUAUUUUCUGAUUUUAGAACAUGUUAUGUUCAGAAAAGGAGGUAUAUUCACAACCUAUGCCUGUCUGUCAGAUUGAUAGAAAAUUUGACCAAUAUCACAUCUAAGAAAUACUUUCAGAACUAAAAAUUACAGACUUAAUAAAAUUUUAUCAGUAUGAUGAAAAGUAAGCUUUAUGGGGUUUUUUUUGUUAAAAUUGAAUGCAUAUAUUUCUUCUCUAGAGAAAGCUAAAACUUAAAACAGGAAAGCUAAAGGUUUUUGAGGCUGUAUUUAUACCUUUUCUAUGUACAUCAGUUUAUUUUUCUUCUGCAUACAGAUAAAAAAAUCUGUAUAUCAUUGCUCUUACCUACCUUCUUCCUUGCAGCAAUAGGACUCCAUUUAGAGAGGAGAGAUACUAAUUUAGCUGGCUGAUAAUCAUCAAAAAUAAAGUGGAAAAAGCCAUUUUCCUGUACAUCAAAACUGCCAUUCCAAAUAAAUAUACAUAUUGAUAUGCAUUUUGGCAAAAUAUCUUUAUUAAAAACCUCUAAUAAUUUAUCAGAUAUGUCAUAUAAUUUGAUAUAUUUAUUUAUAUGUCACCUAAGCCUUCAGAAUAUGAAAUGGUGGAAGACACAAUGAUGUUCCAAGAUAAUUAUCUCAUUAGUUUAUUUUUACUAAUAUGAGUUUAUUGCUGCUACUGCUGCUUAGAAUAGAAUAGUCCUCAGAGCAGUUACUAUGUAGCCAGAAAUGCUCCUUGGGAUCUCAACUUGUACUCCAAUAUCCUACUUCUAACCUUCUCCUCCCAAAUUGUAUGCUUAUAUUUUUCCCAAAGACAAAAGAGUGCUUACUAACAAUAAUUAUCAGUCCAAAUUAUCCUGUACUUUUGAAAGUUCAACUGUAAAAAUCUUGUUAAAGUAGAUCCUUUUUAUCUUGAUCAAAGAUUUAACAACUAUAGAAUGAAUUUAAGAAAGUCAAAUAUACCAGUGGAAAAACAUAAACAGUUUUAUUCCCAUGUCUACUAAUGACCUAAAUUUUUGUUAAUCCUAUUAUAAGCAAAUAAUUAUAUGUAACAAAUAUCAUAAGGCAGAACAAGAAUUCAUUAAAAUGAUUAUGCCUCUUCCUAUUUUUAAAGAAAUUUGACAAAGUAAUCUCUGUAGUAGUUUCUAGCUGUUAACAUUUCUGUGUGCCUCUCAUCUAAAUAUUUGUCUUUAGCUAACUAGUAAUAAUACCAAUCAGUUCAUUAUUAAGUAUGAGGCCAUAAUCAUUUCAUAUAUAUGAUUAUUAAUCCUUCAAUUCUUAUAACAUCCCUACUAUAUAAGGUAUUAUUAUCUCCAUUAACAAAUGAGACAACAGACAUUCAAAGAGAUUUAAAAAUAUGCUCAAAGUCCAAACCAAUAAGAGGCAGAGCUGAAAUUAAAGUCUGUCUUGUCCUGAACCUAAGAUCUAUGCUUUCCACAUUAAAUCUUCUUUGGUCAUUUUGAUUUACAUAUUAGAAAACCAUUCUGACUGUGACCUGCCAUCACCAUGAUCCAGUUAGGUCUGUGUAACCAGUUGGUGCCUCUUCAGCUCUUCCUGACUUUAGUAACUAACACCACCUCCAAAGCUGGGGCAGGAACCCUAAGCCCACCGUGUGCACCAAACACUUUGCUUGCCAAUACUAGCUCCCAACAGGGCCCCACCUGCAAUAUGAUUGGUUGCUCACUAUUACCCCAUUGUCCCUCUGCUUCCAUUAUCAAAGUUCUACUCCUCAAAGGAGCUUUUAAUGCUUGUUAUAAUGGAUCUUUCCUCAGGUUCUUCCAUCUUUGAAACAGCUGCACUCAUUGAUUUAUGCAAAUUCAUGUGUGUGGCUUCCCUUUCCAUACUUUGAUCAUUGCUAUUAGCCUUUAGACACCACUUCUAACUCUGAAUCUCACCCUACAACACAAAUAUCAAUGAUGGCCUUUAAAUGCAAUUGUGUUUAACAAUACCAGAAAAUAGGUUUGGGUAGGUUGAAUCAGAUCUAUAAUAAACAUUUUGAGACAGUAACUAAAUGUAAAAAUAACACUUUUCACCUCUAAUUGUGAAAUUUGUUUUAUUUAUAUUUUAAAUAACUAUGGAAUUUUAAAUAAUUAUAGUAUCUCUUGAAGUACAACAUAUAUGAACCAAAUGUGCUAAGUAGCAUAUUUGGGAGAAAGUAAAGUCAAGAUGUCAAAUGUUAUUAUUUAAUAAUAACUUAAUUCUGUUACAUUUAAUCAAUACUCUCUUUUUUGAGUAUGUCUUAGUAAUAACUGAAAAUGGAUUUUUUUAUAACAUAUAUUCUUCCAAAUCCAAUGAAACAAUUAUACAAAACUUUAAAAAUAUAAAUGGUACCUCUACAGUGGUACCUCAGUUCACAAACCCUUUUGUUUGUGAAAAAUUUGAUUCAUUAACAAAAAUGCUUGGCAAAAUUCUGUUUCUGUUGGCAAAAUCUACAUCAGGUGACAAACACAACCAUGGCUAUCUUUCCUGCAUGAACACAAAUAUGGCCAUCUUUUCCAAAAUCGUGGAACAAAUUAAAUUCGUGAAACAAGGUACCACUGUAUUUAAUGGUCAGUAACAUUUAUGUGCAAAAACUUCAGUACUUGAAACAUUAAGCAAGUAAAAAACUUUUAAAACACAUCAGCUUUAGGAGAAAGGAAAAUUAUUGCUCCUUUUAAAAAGAACAAUAUUUGUGCUUCAUUGUUUGCACUUAUGUCACUUGCAAUGCAGGUGCAGAAGUAUAAUAUCAUAAAGGGCUGUGCAUUUUAUUUUUGCUCCAGAUUGUUACUUACAGGAGCCCAAAAACAUUACUUUGAAAAAUUAUCAAUUUACUGUGACAGAUAUGCUGAACAAAUUCCAGUAACCUUUGUGCUUGGUAAGUAUAGGUCACUCACAGAAUGCAGCCACACAGCUGUCUCCGUUAGGAUGGCACCAAUGACUCUGCAUGGGAGUGUUUCCACGCUGAAAGGCAUGCCUGAAAAGCCAUCGCUUGCAAUAGGACAGAAUCAUCCAUACAGUUUCUUGCCUUCGGGCUGCUUCUGCUAAAUUAACAACAAACAAGUUUGAGGAUUUUAUGUUACUCUGGUAGUGAACCGAUGGUGGAACCAGUUUGUGAAUCUGCCCUGGCCAGACAGGCUGAUGUUCCUCAUCUCCAGCAGUGUUCAUGGACGUGACCAGCAUGGGCGCUUGCUCAGAAGGACUCUGAUGCGCUACGUAAAUCUCACGUCCCUGCUCAUCUUUCGCUCAGUCAGCACAGCUGUAUACAAAAGGUUUCCAACAAUGGACCACGUGGUUGAAGCAGGUUUUAUGACACCAGAUGAAAGGAAAUUAUUUGACCAUCACAAAUCUCCUCAUCUGAAAUAUUGGGUUCCAUUCAUCUGGUUUGGAAAUCUCGCAGCUAAAGCCCGGGAUGAAGGUAGAAUCAGAGACAGUGUUGAUCUACAAUCAUUGAUGGCGGAAAUGAAUCGAUACCGCUCUUGGUGCAGCCUCUUGUUCGGUUAUGACUGGGUUGGAAUCCCGCUGGUUUACACCCAGGUUGUCACUCUUGCUGUCUACACCUUCUUCCUUGCCUGCCUGAUUGGACGCCAGUUUUUGGAUCCCACGAAAGGCUACGCAGGGCAUGACUUAGAUCUUUACAUUCCAGUCUUUACUCUCCUGCAGUUCUUCUUCUAUGCAGGAUGGCUGAAGGUAGCCGAGCAGCUUAUCAACCCUUUUGGAGAAGAUGAUGAUGACUUUGAAACUAACUGGUGCAUUGAUAGAAAUCUGCAGGUCUCUCUUUUAGCUGUGGAUGAAAUGCACAUGAGCUUACCUAAAAUGAAGAAGGAUAUUUACUGGGAUGAUUCAGCCGCUCAACCACCAUACACACUGGCUGCUGCUGAUUACUGUAUACCCUCAUUUCUGGGGUCAACAACCCAAAUGGGGAUGUCUGAGUCUGACUUCCCCAGUGAGGAGUGGAUGUGGGACUUUCAGAAGCAUGGCCAUCGGCACUCUAUGAUAAGAAAAGUCAAGAGGUUCUUGAGUACCCACGAGCACCCCACUAGCCCCAGGAGAAGCUUCAGGAGGCAGGCCAGCGACAGCUCCAUGCUCUUCCCCAUCAGACCAACUCAGGAUCUGCUGCAUGUGCCCUCUAGAAGCCCUCACAGAGCCUCACAUAUCCAGCAGCAAUCGCACUCCCUCGAGGGCGGCCUCAAGCUUCAUUCCAGCAUGGGAGAACUGUCCACAAUCAGGGAGACCAGCAGGACAAGCACCCUCCAGAGCCUAACCCCACAGUGCAGUGUGAGGGCCUCCCCCACCAAAAUGCCUCAGGUCCCCGAGGUAUUGAUCACAGCAGCUGAAGUGCCAGCGCUCUCAUCAGAUGGCCAUCACCACAAUUCCACUACUUCCAUCACUAGCUUUGAGUUUACUGGAGUUCAGCCAAGCAGGACGGAGCAGCAGGAAGACCCGGUAGGAUCACUCCUUUCCCCCUCAGAGGAGGGGCCACCUCCUGGGAGCCCUACUCUCCAGACUGCUUCAGCCUGUACUGAGACAAAUAAGUUCAAGUUUGAGGAAGACCCAGACGAUGACAGGUUCCUGAAAAGGUGGAGCCUCCCAGAGUUUCAGGAGUCCAGCCACACCUCCCUAGGAAAUCUAAGUCCAGAUCCCAUGAGCCCUGGGCAGCCUCUCUUUCUUGAAACGUGGAUAUCCUCAGAGCCCAGUGCAGUCAGCAAUGGGGCUGGCUCUCGGGUCUCUCCUGAGAUGCUGUACUUAAUGGAAAACCUAGAUGCCAAGGAGACAGACAUCAUAGACUUUAGCAAUGAGGAAACGGAGGAAUCCCCCAAAGGAAUGCCACAAAGCUCUGGGACCUGUUCUAGCCCAGAUUUCAUUUUGCCAAAGGCUCAGCACUAAUCUCAGGACACCCCUGGGGGCUGGUUAGCUUUCUGGAAAAAAAAGGAUCCCACUGUAUAAGCUACUUAGAAAUUCGAAGGGCAUUAUGAUCUUGACUUUUUGUAAAUUUGAAAAAUCAGACACGUUCACAUCAUCCAUAAUAAUGUGGCUUUCAUGGAAGUUAUACAAACCACAGUAAAUUAUUUUAACUAGAUAAGAAAUCUUAUAUAAAUAAGUCUGACUUGUAAAUUCAUAGAUUAUUAGGCAUGGAAAAGGCCUUAUAGAUCAAAUCUAAUCCCCUAGACACAAAAGCCCAAACACAAGGAUUCUCUCUUUCUUUCCUUUUUUACUUUACUUUUUCCUUUCUUCAACUAUAAAGACAAAAGAUAGAUAACACAAUGCCCCAAAGACCCUUUUCUCUUACAAUUCUUUGAGGCUUUCUAACCAUCUCAUGAUCUUUCUAUAACUAUUAUUAUCAUCAUUUUCUAACUCAUGCUUCAUCAGCAUCAGAAAGCUCCAUUUAUUUUCAAUUGCCCUUUCACUUUCCAGUCUUCAUUUUUCUCUCUUCCAUCUUUAUUUGCUCAUGUUCUCCUCCCUGUUCUCACCAGUCUUGCUUCUCUAGUUACUACAAUCUGUCUCACCUUCUAGGUUAUGUUUUCUCUUGCCAACUCUGUUGCUUGCUUCUUGCUGUGGUAUUCCAAAUGUGAGGCACUGGCAAAGCCACCUACAGGAUAACCAAACAGGUCAACAAAUAGAACCUCAGACACAUCCAGCCUCACAGAGGGCCAGGUUAAUGGUAUCUACCACUCUCUCAAAACCAUUGCUGCUGCACUCUGAUUCUGUUCUUGCUCUUGGACACUGGAGAAAACAGAGGCUAAGAGGAUAUGAAGCUUGCCUAACCAAAUACUAUGGAACUAAAGAAUAAUAUGGUUCAAAUCUGCUUAUUUUCAACUCUUAAGCAGAAUUCUCAGUUGUGUCACAACAUGGGACCAGCUACUGUGCCUAUCAGGUUGUUUGAAAUGAAAUAGGCUACAGGAGAUGGGGUCCAGCCCUGCAUAAUGGGGACUGGGUUUUGACUAAAUCCCUCCAAGAGCUCUUAGGGUGGCUAUUUGUUGUGAGCUCCUAAGUUUGUAAGGCCUUUCCUUAUGAAUGUGGUCUCACCAUUUGCCAUCUGAUGAAACUUGGCUACAUAUGGCUUAAGAAAUAAAGUAACCCUUAUAAGUAUCAUUGAUUGAGUACUCAUAAUGUUCCAGGCAGCAGCAUACAAAAUUCACAGGGAUUUCACUGAUCCUAUAGAAAUUCUAUGGCAGUCAUAUACUAAUAUUGCCCUCCCUCCCUUUUUUUUUUUUUUUUUUUUUUU